UUUCGUUAUUUCUUUCGCCAACCCUUCGUGAGUAGUUAGUAGAGUUGGAGGAUAGGAGUGUGGUGCGAUUCCUACCAUCUGUCUUGAUAUCUGCUGUUUAUGGCUAUUCGCGUACCAAUUCGUGUUGUCCUCUAGAAGCCUACCCAAGUGGAGCCUAGAGCAAAAUAGGACGCCGCGGGGUUUUGUCGCAAUACUGAAACACAACUGCAAAAGAGCAACACACUCUCAGCACACAAUACACACACUCAUACUUCCAAACAGCAGGAAUUGGAACACCGUCGCAACUACCUAAAUAAACUACCAAUUCAAACAGCCCCAAAGCAGAACCACACUUUGCACACCUGAACGGACCCUGCACAAAACGGCCUGCUCUGCUUCGGCGGGCAGAACAGGCACUACUCUUGUUUGUCAACCUUACAUCUCACUAAAUGAUACCUAUACCUAUACAAUGUAGUACAAUACCUCUGUUGCGUCGUCUUGACUAAUCGCCCUCCUCGUUACCUCUCUUUCUCUCUUUCGCUUUGUCUGUUUACCUAUCUCGUGUGCCUGAUUUUUGGGAACAACCGACCCCAUCCAGGUGAGGCCCCAAUACCGUCCGAGCCUGCGACGCCCGUCCGGCAGCGGGAAGCCAAGCGGGCUGCUGCAAGCGUCCAGAGAGCAGCUAGACACCACGACCGAACGCACUAAGAGCACGCGACGCUCUGAAGUGCCCUCAGCGAGCGGCGAGCAGGCGACCUCCGAUCCGGCGACGACGACAACGGCGACGACGCCACCGUCGCUGCUCACACGGCGCCGCCGUCCCACCACCGCCUCGAACUACCUGGCCAAAAUUGCGAACCGACAGCGGCCGGCUGCUGCUACUGCUGUGAUGUCAUCGACGGAGGAAACCACCACCACCACCAGCAGGCCGGACGGGUCGCCAAGCCGAGGCAGCCGUCCGAACCUCACCAGCAAUGGCAGGCGCAAAUAUGGACCCGCUAAUAGAACCGGUUAUACGGGCAGCAGCCCAACGGCCGGGAGCGAGAGCAGCACCACGGCAUCGAUCCCCAGCGCUAGCAGCGAAACGAGCCCAGAGGUAUCCACUCGACCGGUAAACUCAUUGUUCAAGCGCCGAAACAAUGGGUCCCCACUGACGCGCACCACGACGCCGACGCCACUGGAAUCGAUCCCCUCGUCCAGCGCGGCCCCGGUGAGCAGCAAAUUUUUCAAGAAGAACAAGUACCGCACCGGUGCGCUCAGUACCGGACCGGGCGCAGAACGUAACGAGCAGCCGGUGCCGCCAGCCAGCCAGUCACUCGAUGCCGGACCGGGUGUCGAUCAGAACAUUGAGCCGAGCAUACGGCAGAACAGCAAGCUGUACAAUGCGAAGAACCGCUACCAGCAGAUAGGCGAACCGGAGGAGGACGGUGCCGAGCCGAUCGAGCAGGAGUUGCUGGACGCGCUCACUACGCUGUCCCGGGCGCCGCUGCCAGUCGUCAGCACCACCACCGUGCGCAACAAUGGGUACGAGUCGGUCGUGGACAAGGAGUGGGUCCGGCAGCAGCAAAAGCAGCCACCACAGCAGCAGUAUGCGGCCGAGGUGAACGGACGUGCGACCACGCACAGGUACAACGUAACGCACGACUAUCCUAAUGCGGUCGGGUACGGCAGCGUUCCCGCGCAGGCGACGUCGACGCACCGAUUGCCGCCACCGGUUCAGCGGCCCCGCAUCGCUACCCACUCCGAGUACUAUUACCAGCAAACGACGCCCGGCCUCAUCUACACCUCACCCAUCGCCACGGCAACGAUCAGCCCACGGCAGGACACGACCGUGCUGUCGCAGCAGUUCCCCCGCAACCAUCAACCGGCGCACUACGAACGGCAGAGCGCUAGCAGUGGCAGACGAAAGCAGAAGGACGACGUGACCGGGCGCACCUACCGGCCGUCGCCGCUCGAUUACGACUACUACGACGAUGGAGACACGCGCAAAGUGGGCAAAUCCAGCUCGCAGGUUAAGGUGAUCAUGCACGGGCCGGGCAUCAUCGAGUGUCUCGACCAGGGCAACUUCCCGCACCCGCUGUCCUGCAAAAAGUUCAUCUCGUGUGCCAAAAUGGAGAUCGGAGGCGUCAUCGGCUGGGAGUACACGUGCCCGAAGGGUCUCAGCUACGAUCCGGUCGGGGGCAUCUGCAACUGGUCCGCCGGGCUGGGCUGCAAUGAGUGACGACCCUCUCACGUCGUCUUGGAACGUCUUGGUGUGUAAGCGCUCCCAAUUCCCUGCCCUGCCCGUCCCAAGGAUCCGGGGAGGGUCCUAGAAUACGUCCUACUGUUUCGAUAGUUAGCUGAAGGGAUAUCAACCGCCUAUGAUCAAGACUGGUGUCUGCUCUCUUUACAUUUUUUUGGGGCUAGCAUUUUUGUUUGUUUGUUUGUUUUGUCACUGAAAUCGUAAUCGUACCCUUCCGGGGGUAGCUUCAUUCCUUCUCCGUCCGCUAGCGAGAGCGGGCAGCGAGCGCCCGGCGGAGGAGACGGCUCGAGUGAUCGGAUGUGUGACCAAAGCCAGACGAUCAUACGUUUAGAAGUUAGUCAAUAUUCCAAUCAGCGGGACGGCACAAACCGCCCGUCUUAGCAUUAAGCUUUUUUUUUUCUUCUCUUGUAAGUUUACAAACUUUUGCUCUCUUUCCAGUUGUCCAGUUGAGAAACGCUAGACUGUUUCUAUUUGCUACUUUCUAUACAACAAUCACGAUAUCCUUGUUUUGAGGUAAAGUUUGCAAAGAUUUCUCCAAAAAAGGAACUUAUAAAAAAAAGAGACCAGUGGCCUUGGGCAAUGAUUCUUUCGAACUAGAAAAAGAACAUGCAAUCCCCAUUAUUAAUGCAUAAUGCAAACAUUACAAAUAAUCGGCCCACUCUUCUGAUACAUGCUUUGAGUGAUAUGUGUUCUGUUUGAACGAUUCGUGUAGCGUCGCACACCUUUCAAAUUAUAAUUUAAUUUUUAACGUAAAGUAUUUCAUUCUAUCGCCUUUCUCCCCUGUCUCUUUUAAACAUGAGACAUCUUCACAGGCUGGCUCUAUCUUACGCCAUUUGUUUGCUUCGAUAGGAACUGAUGAGAAUGCAAGUGUGGGGUGUUGUAUGCCGACAAACUCAUUACUUCAUGCAUGAGGAUCAUUGAAAUUACGUGCAAAUGCAGACGACGUUUUGCAAGCGAACUAGCAAUACGAACCACGACAUUGUUAAUGUUAACAUACUCAGUUUUGUAAUAAAAUAGACAUACGACGAUAAAACCAUCUUAAAACACAA